AUCCGUCUAGCUUGGCAUCCUUUUUUUUCUUUUUCAGCCUGAGUUCCAUGGAACGACAUUUGGGUUGAUAUUGGGAUAAGGAGCAAGUGAUCUGCUUAGGAAUGCUUCAUGAUAAUACCUUGCAGGUCUAGCAAUGUGACGGCUUUGCCUAUGCUGUCUCACUUGCACCCAGUUUUCUAGCAUACGCAAACGACACUUUCCAUGACCCAUCAUGAAAAAGAAGUGACCAUCCACUGGUCAGUAUAGGGACAGUCAUCUUUUUCUUUUCUUUUUCAGAGUCUUGACAGUAACAUGGCUGCACUGAAAUGUAGAUUUUCAAAUCCUCAAGUCACGUUUCAUGACAAUUGUGAUCAAUGCUAUCAGAAGAUGCAACAAAACGCGUGUUGUCCUGUUCUCCUCUCUUGCCACAGUCGCUACUUUUGAUAUGGCAUUUGGCCAGACCAGGGGAGAAGAAGCCUUGUCUUCUGUUCACUCUGUGGAAAAUAAUUCUUUCAUCUGGUUUGAGCCACCCGGUGCUAUGUUUACAUCACACCUUCACACACGCUCACAUACAGCAGGCUCUCUUACAGAACAUUUACUACCGCUUUUGUUCUGCCCUCCUUCCUCUUCUGCGCAAAGCUUAAGGACCUUUGGCAGCAGCCAGCAUAAUUCGUUCUCUAUUCCUUUCUUGUUCAUGCGCAGGCAACGAGGACCUUUGCUAACAUUUAGGAAUUCUUCUCUUAGCCACCUACCAGCUUCUAUCUUUCAGACAUUCAUCACCAUCUACUCAUAUCUACCUACCUUACUUACACAUCUUCUCCUAACAAUAAUCUUUAACCAAUCUUUUAAUAUCAAACACCCUAAAAGGUGUCUAACAGUUUCCAACAGUACGCCGGGGACUAUCAGAAACAUAAGCAGUAGCACAUCUCUUUAUAGGACAAAACCUUCGCCAUUCCUCAGCACACCUUUCCCUUGCGCUUUCAAGAAACACAUUCCUCCCAACCCUCUCUUCUUUGCCUUUUUUAAUGCAACACAACUUUCCGGUUGUGUGCGCCUCAUUUCCAACUGCCUACCAUCUAAGGGCAGACACCGAUCGGCAUUGAUACUUUUACAUACGUUUAAGUCUGCAGUCCAACUGCUGUCUUCUACUCUAAGGGUCCAAAGCGCUUUUCAAGAAUCUCCGGUCACAGUCAUGGCUGCUUCCAACUCGACCCUGCCUGCUCCCCUUGGAAGUCCUCCUGUCUGGGCCGAAAAUCGUCAGGCUCUCUGUGAUGCCCUUCCUUACUUCAAGGCACACGAGGGAAGUAUGUACACCAAGGACAAGGUCAUCAAAGGUAUGCUUCUCAAUGCGUUCGCCACCGUGCGAGACUUCUUGGGCUCAGAAGUUAUCAUCACCACUCUUGGUGGUGGAAGAGAGAGAAACAGCCAGGGAGACCUGGUCCGGGUUAGAGAAGCCCGGCCCUUCAUACUGCCGUCCUGCCAUGCAGCCUCAGAGACCAAUGCCCCCAUCGGCAUAAUCCUUGGAAAACAAUACCCAGGUUUACCUGUUGAAAUCAAGCAUUCGUUCAAUGUCCUUGCCUUCUUCAUUAUUACAGACAUCUGGUCUGAGAAGGACGACAGAGGCUUUGACAUCCACAAGAUUCGCCUCGAAAAGACCAACCGUGCUAUGCCGUCCUGGUGGCAACUGUCGGCUGAAAUGCAGAGCAGUACUCAGCUGCAGGAGCUGCGGGAGUUUCCAACAUUCCGAGCGGACUGCACCAAGUGCAGACAAUCUUCCAAGCAGAUGUUCAUACAGGGAUGGACUUGCUUGAAUGCCGAGUGUGAGGGAAGUUUUGCCUUCACUCCAGCUAUCGACAUCUCCGAGUUGACUGUUGCUUCCUACCACGCCUCCUCUCUUGCCUGGUGCGUCACCUGUCACCAGGGAAGCAAGGUAAUCUUCUCCUGCGGCUGGUCUUGUCUCAACCAGAAGUGCAGCAGCUUCUUCAAUUUCCCAGCCGGUACCGAUGUCAACCACCUCACCUACUCAAAGGACUUUCUCUUAGAACGAACAUCUUACCAGGUUCCACAACAGCCUCUGCAGCCGCCCCUCCCAGACACAACCGCCCCAGGUCUACUGGGCACAGAGAAGGCUAUGCGUGAUGGCAUUGUCUGUCCCGAGUGUCAUCGUUGCGCAAGACGGGUGGAUUGGACAAAGUGGUCUUACGAGGAUCCUCGUUGUAACUUCACCUUGCUUGCCCCGCCACUGCCGUUCCCUCUGGCCAAUGUUCUCGCCGAGAGCAAACAACAACAGAGACUCAGGAGUGGAUUCCAAUCCAAGGCCUUCAACAAACACAUUCUCCAAAGUGCCAGCCAGGCCAAUGGUUACGCGAUGGAACAGUACCUUCUCCCAGACCCCCUCAACACUGACACCAUCAUCGGCUCAGUUACUGUUUUCCGAGCGACUCCAGCCAUCAAUGCUCGUGCUGGCGCUCCCGACCAAAUAUGGGAUCUCCUCCAACAUGAUACCGUCCGAGACUUCGGCUUCCAAAGGAAGCCCGCGAUUCAUGUUGGCUUGCCUAGCGAGAAGUUGACCCGGAACUUCCUUCAAAACUGGGGCGCCCCUUACAAGUUCGCAGUCAAUGUGCAUUCGAGACCAUUCUCAGAGGCACCAGAAUCCAUAAUCGGAGCACUCAAAAGAAUGCAAUGGGCUGGCAAGCAAUCCAUUGCGACGACCAACAAGACCAUAGAUGCCUAUGCCCAGCAGCCCGGCUUCAGCGAAAUAGUCCCUUGUGACACGCUCACCUCGAACUUCGUUGACUUCAACGAGCUCCUUUCAAUCGGGUACAUGGAGGAAGACAAGAUCAGUUACCACGACGACGGCGAAUACACCUUGGGACCUACCGUGGCAACUCUAUCUUUAGGAAGUCCCGCCCAAAUGUGCUUUAAAAUGAAGCCAUCCUACGCUGGGAAAGGCACCAAAGUUCUUCAGUUACCAAUUUUCCACGGAGAUCUGGUGGUUAUGCACGGGACCCGCAUCCAUCAGGCGUACCUACACAGGGUUGUGCCCAAGGGCAAACGUCGCUUUGCCUUGACGUGCCGAAACAUCGUGCUUGAGACAAUCGAAGAUGAUGAUGCUCGAGCCGAGGCUGCUCAGAACAGCAUCCUUCCAGAGGUUUCCGAGCUCUGGGACUACCCGAAGGAUGAAGAUGUCGAAUCCCAGAAUGAGAAUGCCGGCGCUUCGAAGCGUGCCGCUGACGAGCCUCAGAGCACCACAGGUCGAACGACGAAGCGACGCAAGACGGAGGCCUGA